ACACUGCCCAGUAGAGACACACAGUCAAGGUGCACAACACCUUGAGGAGAAGAUCGGCGCCACCCUAAUAGAUACACAAACCCAAAAGUGAAAAUCAAACCGCUCAUCAAAGAUCUAGUCUAGUUGGCGCUGCCAAGAAAAAAUCAAACUGAGUUCCUAAUCGGAGAAAGGCUGUGAAGGAGAAGGUCGAUUGGGAGGGAAGCUCCAGAGAGAUGGCCUCAGUGCACUUGGCAAUCUUGCAAUUGACCUUGCUGUGGGUAGUAGAAGCAUCAAUUGUCAACACCAACGCCUUGCCUUUAGCCAAGGACGGCUGUGAAGAGCAUUGUGGCAAUGUCCGUAUUCCAUACCCAUUUGGCACAAGGGAAGGAUGCUACGUUAAUGAUAGCUUUCUCAUCACUUGUAAUCACACAUACAACCCGCCCUUGGCGUUUUUGGCACAUAGUAAAAUAAAUGUUACAGACAUAUGGCUUUCGGGUGAAAUGCGCAUAUAUGCCCCAGUAGCCCAUGAUUGCUACAACAGAACUGGUGGGAGUGAACGCAACAAUCAGCCUUGGCUCCGAUCGGGAAUAUUCCCAAUCUCCAACACUGGAAACAAGUUCGUGGCUAUUGGGUGUGACACAAAUGCUGUGAUAAUGGGUUCUAGAAGGACAAGCUACACAACUGGGUGCAUGUCUUUAUGUGAUAGCACUAGAGAUGUGGUUGAGGGGUCAUGCUCUGGUAUUGGUUGUUGUGAAACUGCUAUUCCAAGAGGAGUAAUGGAUUUCAAUAUCAGUGUAUCGAGCUAUUACCAACACAACAGAGUGUGGGAAUUCAAUCCUUGCAGCUAUGCUUUUGUGGCAGAGGAAGGUACUUACAACUUCUCAACACAAGAUCUUCAAAAUUUUACGGGAGGUCAUAGGAUGCCGAUGGUGCUAAAUUGGGCAAUAGGGGAUCAAAAUUGCAGUGAAGCUAAAAAGGAUUUUGAAAGUUAUGCAUGCAUGGCUAACAGCGAGUGUCAUGACUCGAACAAUGGUCCAGGCUACCAGUGCAGUUGUUCCAAGGGAUACCAAGGCAAUCCUUACCUUAAGGAUGGCUGCCAAGAUAUUGAUGAGUGCUUAAAUUCCACCAUAUGCGUCCAAAACUGCACCAAUUUGCCUGGUACUUAUAAUUGUUCCUGUCAGCUACCAGGAUAUGACGGCGAUGGUAAAUGGGAUGGAACAGGUUGCAAACUCAUACCAAGCCCUGAGAGGUUUCCAAGCUCUGAGAGGUUUCCAUUGAUUAAUAGGAUUUCACUAGGUGUCAGUGUCAGCCUCUUGGUUCUAGUUUUGGGCAUUUCUUGGUUAUACUGGGGACUCAAGCGUAGAAAGCUCGUCAAGCUCAAAGAGAAGUUUUUUAAACAAAAUGGUGGCUUUCUACUACAACAACAACUUUCUAAGCACAAUGGAUCUAUUGAAACAACUCAAAUAUUUACAGCAGAAGAACUUGAGAAGGCAACAAACAAUUACCAUGAAAAUAGAAUCCUAGGCCAAGGUGGCCAAGGAACGGUUUACAAAGGAAUAUUACCAGAUAACAAAAUAGUUGCCAUUAAGAAGUCCAAAAUAAUAGAUCAAAGCCAAGUUGAACAAUUUAUUAAUGAAGUUUCUAUUCUCUCCCAAAUCAACCAUAGAAAUGUGGUAAAGUUAUUGGGAUGUUGUUUGGAGACUGAAGUUCCUUUGUUGGUGUAUGAAUUUGUUACCCAUGGUACCCUUUUCAAUCACAUUCACAAAACAGACCAUUCUUCAACGUUGCAAUGGCAAUUACGUUUACAAAUAGCAGUUGAAACUGCAGGAGCACUUUCUUAUUUGCAUUCUGCUGCAUCCACUCCCAUCAUUCAUAGAGAUAUCAAGAGCACUAAUGUACUCUUAGAUGAUAAUUACAAAGCUAAGGUAUCUGAUUUUGGAGCUUCGAGGCUAGUUCCUCUUGAUCAUACUCAGUUAACCACACUAGUGCAAGGGACGCUUGGAUACUUGGAUCCAGAAUACUUUCAUUCAAGCCAAUUGACUAAAAAAAGCGACGUUUAUAGCUUUGGAGUUCUCCUUGCAGAGUUGCUAACUGGAAUGAAGGCACUUUCUUUUGAGAGACCUGAAGAAGAAAGAAACUUAGCCAUGCAUUUUGUCUCAUCAAUGAAUGAAAGCCGAUUGUUUGAAAUUCUAGAUCAACGAAUGCUGAAUGAGAGAAAUGUUGAGCAACUUAAUGAAGUUGCGAUGUUAGCUAAGAGAUGCUUAAAAGUGAAGGGAGAGGAGAGGCCUACUAUGAAAGAAGUUGCAAUGGAGUUAGAGGGCUUGAAAGCAAUGACAAAGCAUCCAUGGGUUAAAGGCGAUAUGAGUUUAGAAGAGACUAAGUACUUGAUCCAAAAACCAUAUGAAGAUUGUGUUGGUGGUGUCAGUGGCAAUUCUGCAUGUUAUGACAGCAUAAGGAAACAAGUCAGCAUAUCAAUACUUGAUGAUGGCAGAUAAUUAUCUAGUGUGUUAAAGGAUUAUAUAAUGCUAGACUUUAUCAUUAUACUUUUUAUUCAUAGUUUUUUUUUUAUCAUUUUAAAAAUGUAUUUUUGUUAUUAGUUUGGGACUAGGUAAACAGACAAGAUGGGAUAGAUUUGUAGAUUAGUUUUUAAAUAAAUUUUAUCUACUUGUAAUAGAUAAA